GCGGCGCUCUAGGCCGAGCGGGAGGUCGGGGCUGCGGGCGCUCGCUGGUGGCGGACCCGGAGGCGGCUGCGGCGCCGGGGCUCUCUGGCCGGGGUCGAAUCCCAUCGGGAGCCAUGAGCGUGGACAAGGCCGAACUAUGCGGGUCUCUGCUCACCUGGUUACAGACUUUCCACGUUCCAUCUCCCUGUGCCAGCCCACAGGACCUGAGCAGCGGCCUUGCCAUAGCCUAUGCGCUGAACCAGAUGUGAGUGGAGCUGAGGGGGAGGAUCCCAAAAGUAUCUCCCAGCCUACUUAUUCUACCUUCUCGCCCCCAGAGACCCAUCCUGGUUCAACGAGGCAUGGCUCCAGGGCAUCUCAGAAGAUCCAGGUCCCAACUGGAAGCUGAAGGUGACAGGUCAGCAAUCUGAAGACGGUCUUACGGAGCCUGGUAGAGUACUCCCAGGAUGUCCUGGCACAUCCUGUGUCAGAAGAGCACCUCCCGAACGUGGGCCUCAUUGGCGAGUUCUCAGACCCGGCAGAGCUCGGCAAACUGCUUCAGUUGGUGCUAGGCUGUGCCAUCAGUUGUGAGAAAAAGCAGGAGCAUAUCCAGAGAAUCAUGACGCUGGAAGAAUCAGUUCAGCAUGUGGUGAUGGAAGCCAUCCAGGAGCUCAUGACCAAAGAUACUCCUGACUCCCUGUCACCAGAGACAUAUGGCAACUUUGAUAGCCAGUCCCGCAGGUACUAUUUCCUAAGUGAGGAGGCUGAGGAGGGGGAUGAGCUACAGCAACGUUGUCUGGACCUGGAGCGGCAGCUGAUGCUCCUGUCAGAGGAGAAGCAGAGCCUGGCACAAGAGAAUGUGGCGCUGCGGGAGCGGGUGGUCCAGCCUGAAGGCGAGGGUACCCCAGGUCUCACUGCCAAGAAGCUGCUGCUGCUGCAGUCACAGCUGGAGCAGUUGCAGGAGGAGAACUUCAGGCUGGAGAGUGGCAGGGAGGAUGAGCGCCUGCGCUGUGCUGAGCUGGAGCGGGAGGUUGCCGAGCUGCAGCACCGGAACCAGGCACUGACCAGCUUGGCCCAGGAGGCACAGGCCCUGAAGGAUGAGAUGGACGAGCUGCGGCAGUCCUCGGAGCGUGCUGGGCAGCUGGAGGCCACGCUGACCAGUUGCCGGCGCCGCCUGGGCGAGCUGAGGGAGCUGCGGCGGCAGGUGCGGCAGCUGGAGGAACGUAACGCUGGCCACGCCGAGCGCACGCGGCAGCUGGAGGAGGAGCUGCGUCGGGCCGGCUCCCUACGCGCCCAGCUGGAGGCGCAGCGGCGGCAGGUGCAGGAACUGCAGGGCCAGCGGCAGGAGGAAGCCAUGAAGGCUGAGAAAUGGCUAUUUGAAUGCCACAACCUGGAGGAAAAGUAUGAGUCGGUGACAAAGGAGAAGGAGCGGCUGUUGGCGGAGAGGGACUCCUUACGGGAGGCCAAUGAAGAGCUGCGUUGCGCCCAGCUGCAGCCGCGGGGGUUGACCCAGGCAGACCCCUCAGUGGAUCCUACCUCCCCAGCCGUGGAUAACUUAGCCGCGGAGAUCCUUCCUGCAGAGCUCAGGGCCCUCGCCCUACCAGACGACUUGCCUCUCCGUGGUCUAUCCGUGGUCUACACAAAUUACAUCGAACACCUGUUUCUACUUCCUGCGCAAAAAUCCUAUGCCCUAACCCCGCCGACUUUGAUCGCUUCUUUCAGAGUCCAGCCCUGUCAGGAGACGCUCCUGCGGCUUCAGCUGGAGAACAAGCGGCUGUGCCGGCAGGAGGCGGCCGACCGGGAGCGGCAGGAGGAGCUGCAGCGCCACCUGGAGGAGGCCAACCGCGCACGCCACGGGUUGGAGACGCAGCACCGGCUGAACCAGCAGCAGCUAUCCGAGCUGCGGGCCCAGGUGGAGGACCUGCAGAAAUCCCUGCAGGAGCAGGGGGGCAAGACUGAAGACGCCAUCUCCAUCUUGCUGAAAAGGAAGCUGGAGGAGCAUCUGCAGAAGCUUCAUGAGGCAGAUCUGGAGCUGCAGAGGAAGCGGGAGUACAUUGAGGAGCUGGAGCCGCCCACUGACAGCAGCACAGCCCGGCGGAUCGAGGAGCUGCAGCAUAGCCUGCAGAAGAAGGACGCGGACUUGCGGGCCAUGGAGGAGCGAUACCGUCGCUACGUGGACAAGGCCCACAUGGUUAUGCAGACCCUGGAACCCAAGCAGCGGCCAGCUGCGGGGGCACCCCCAGACCUUCACACCUUGAGGACAAAGCUCCGAGAACGGGAUGUCCGUAUCCGGCACCUGGAGAUGGACUUUGAGAAAAGUCGAAGUCAGCGGGAGCAGGAAGAAAAGCUGCUCAUCAGUGCGUGGUAUAAUAUGGGCAUGGCCUUGCAGCAGCGAGCCGGGGAAGAGCGGGCGCCUGCCCAUGCCCAGUCGUUCCUAGCACAGCAGCGGCUGGCAACCAAUGCUCGCCGUGGACCCCUGGGACGCCUGGCAUCUCUGAGCCUUCGCCCCACCGACAAGCACUAACAGACCUCAUGAUCCAGCCAGCCAGGGCUCCUCCAACUCACGUGGCGCCCAGCAUCAGGCUUCAGCCAGCGGCUUGAGAGCCUUGAGGUCAUGACCUCCACCCUUCGCUCUCCCAGAUUGGUGGGGAGGGAGGGUGGGAGGUAGAUAUAGGACUGUUUAUUUUAGCAAUGUGAUUCUUAUUGUUGAUUCUCUCUCUGGAGUUCAUGUGCUGCCUAGGGAGAGUCUGAUUUUAUAUUUGAGAAAAAUAAAGACUUUCAAUCU